ACGGCUCCUCGCAGGAACGCGGCAGUUCACCACGCCAGGCGUGCUCACAGCUUCUUUAACGCUCCUCCGUCUGCUUCUGGCAUCUUCCGGAACUCUUUUAUCCGUUAAGUCAGAGUACGGCGGCUGACUUGCUACGACCUCCGAGGAAGCGUGGCUUCGGGACCGGAAGAACCUCCGGUUGCCCGGGGAACGCCACACGCCUAAGCGCCUGCCCAGUUAGUGAUGCUCGCGCUGAGGCAGAGGCUACCAUUUCACCCAACUCGUAGAAGCGGCUUAGCUCAGGACCAGUGAUCCUUCCUAUCGAGGCACAGAGAGGAAGGCUGAGAGACUCACGCGGCCGAUUUCCAUCCCAGGGACGGAUACGAGUGAGUGCAUCCAUCCAUUAGGCCCGCAGAACUAACCUCAAAAACCAGCUCCUUUAUAAAUAUUUGAAUCACAUUAUGGGAUUGCUAGACAGACUUUCAGGCUUGCUUCGCCUGAAGAAGAAGGAGGUUAAUGUUUUGUGCCUUGGGCUGGAUAAUAGUGGCAAAACAACAAUCAUUAACAAACUUAAACCUUCAAAUGCUCAAUCUCAAGAUAUAGUUCCAACGAUAGGAUUCAGCAUAGCGAAAUUCAAAUCAUCCAGUUUGUCUUUUACAGUGUUUGACAUGUCAGGUCAAGGAAGAUACAGAAAUCUCUGGGAACACUAUUAUAAAGAAGGACAAGCCAUUAUUUUUGUCAUUGAUAGUAGUGAUAAAUUAAGAAUGGUUGUGGCCAAAGAAGAACUUGAUACUCUUCUCAAUCAUCCAGAUAUUAAGCACCGUCGAAUACCAAUCUUAUUCUUUGCAAACAAAAUGGACCUCAGAGAUGCAGUGACAUCUGUUAAAGUGUCUCAGUUGCUGUGUUUAGAGAACAUCAAAGAUAAACCAUGGCAUAUUUGUGCUAGUGAUGCCAUAAAAGGAGAAGGAUUGCAAGAAGGUGUAGACUGGCUUCAAGAAAAAACCUUACAUUUUUGUAAGGAGGAUACAUUAUUGGAGAUGUUUUUGUGCCCUUGUGUUGCCAUAUUUUAUGUAACCUUUACAACAGUUCUCUGCAGAUCAAAUCCAGGCUGUGAAGACGUGACAAAAUAGUAUUUGGAAACCUCAACAAUUGUCAAUUCAUGGAAUGUAUCUUAAGGCAAACUGAAUAUUGUAAACUUUUUUUAAAGAUGUUUGCAUCUAAGAAUACUUUAUAAUAUUCUGCUUGUAUUUAUGGACUCUAAAUGAGCUUUGUAAGAACAUAGGACUUCAGGUAUGUUAAUCUAGCCAUUAAUUACAUGAACGCUAAAUCCUUAGAGGGGCUCCCCAGAGUUAUCAACUUCUUAGUAAAGGUCUACAUUUGAUUGUAAUGAGAAUGUUUAAAGUCAGAUUUAAAAUCCAUCGCAAUUAUCUCGUCAUGAAUUAUGA